CAAACCUGAAACCUCGUGGUUCUUAGUUGGAUUUGUUUCCACUGCACCAUGACAGGAACUCUAAGAGAUUAAUCUUGAAUGGCUGAGUGUGUUGGGAGAGUGUCACAGUGGAAAGGAGAGGCAAAAGAUGGGAGCUGACACUUCCCCCUCCCUGGAAGACAUUCUAGCAGCAGAUCCAAAAUCAAGAAAGUGGUGCUGUGUGAGUCACUUAGUUAUCCCAGAAUUCCUAUCACCUCUGCACCUGGGACACCUCAGCCUAGGCAGCCAAGCCUUAUUCCAAACCUGCAGGCUUCCUAAGGGAUUCAAUUUCCAAGCCUGGGAAUUAGGCACAUGAGAAGGGCUUUUGGAUUUUGUUUAAUCAUAUGUAUAGGUAAAAUAUAAUACCUAGGAAUUUUGUUUCAGGUCAGUAAUGUAGAUUUACAAACAUGUGGUGCAAAAAGGGUUGAAAAUCAUUGAUUUAGAUUACUGCGGAGAGAAAUCACUAGGUCAUGUCUCUGGAAGUUGUCUUCCCUUCUAGAGACUGGGGCUCAGAAGUGGUCCCUACAUCUUAGACUUUCCCAGUGUAUACAUACACAUACACACACCAUACACCAUACACACACCAGCACAGUUCCGAUAAACCAACACAGGUAGUCUCCGAUUUUACUCUUUGAUAUUAUCUCAGUAAAUGCAACAGAACUUGAUUAAAUCUCUUCACCUUAGUUAUUUCUUUUGCUAUUCCAAGUCUUCAUCUUACUGCCUUUAUAUUUUUAACUGAUUCAUUAGCAUCUGGCAAAGAGAGAGGAGCCACCCCUGUUCUCUAUGAAGAUUUUCUAAAACACUACGGUUACCCUAUUUGACGUACAGGGAAACUGAGUCCAAGAGAGUUUGGUGACUCGCCAAUGAAGACAAGAUGGCACUGAAAUUUGAAUUCAGAUUAUAUGAUUCCUAAGUGAAAUAGCCUAAAAAUUAUGUUCAACUGCUUCCCAUGUCCUAUUAAGACAUAUUGAGCUGCGGAGUGCCCAUCGUGGCUCAGCAGUUAUCGAAUCUGACUAGCAUCCAUGAGGAUGCAGAUUCUAAUCCCCAGCCUUGCUCAGUGGGUUAAGGAGCCGGCAUUGCCAUGAGCUGUGGUCAGCAGCUACGCUCCAAUCUGAAAUUCCAUAUGCCAUGGGUGCGGACCCAAAAAGCAGGGAAAAAAAAAAAACUAAACUAAACCUGUUGAGCUGGAGGCUGAGCUGAGGGAGAACUGAGAAACUAGAAAUAUGAAGAAAGGGGAAUGGCCCCAAUGGAUUCCCCUGAGUGAAUUUAAUCCAUCCUUUAUUCAGGUGGGAGAUUAUAGGUUAUAUAACCACGCCCUAGAUAAAGCAAUCUCUCCCCUGAUGGCAUGCAUACCCGGAAAAACUGAAUCCCAGGGUAUUCAGAUUUCUACACAGCUGAUUUCCCAGAAUGUAUUUAGGCAGGAUCUGGUCCCCUGGACACAACCCCUCGACCUGGCACCAUGGAGCUGGGAGGGGCCUUCACCAUCUUUCUGGCACUCUGCUUGUCUUGUCUGCUCAUCCUCAUCGCCUGGAAACGGAUCAGCAAGGGCGGGAAGCUGCCCCCUGGUCCCACACCGAUACCCUUCCUGGGAAACCUUUUGCAAGUCCGUACUGAUGCCACUUUUCAGUCUUUCAUGAAGCUCAGGGAGAAAUAUGGCCCAGUCUUCACUGUGUACAUGGGUCCCCGGCCGGUAGUUGUUUUGUGUGGACAUGAAGCAGUGAAGGAGGCUCUGAUAGACCGAGCAGAUGAGUUCAGCGGCCGUGGAGAAUUGGCUUCAGUAGAGCGGAACUUCCAAGGUCACGGUGUAGCCCUGGCUAAUGGAGACCGAUGGAGGAUACUGCGACGCUUCUCCCUGACCAUUCUUCGCGACUUUGGGAUGGGAAAGAGAAGCAUUGAGGAGCGAAUCCAGGAGGAGGCUGGCUUCUUACUACAGGAAUUACGAAAGACCAAGGGUGCCCCCAUCGAACCUACUUUCUUCCUGAGCCGCACCGUCUCCAAUGUCAUCAGUUCCGUCGUCUUUGGAAGCCGCUUCGACUAUGAGGACAAGCAAUUCCUGAAGCUGCUGCAGAUGAUCAACCAGAGUUUCAUCGAGAUGAGCACGCCCUGGGCCCAGCUAUAUGACAUGUACUCUGGAAUCAUGCAAUAUUUGCCAGGAAGACACAAUCGCAUCUACUACUUGAUAGAGGAGCUCAAGGACUUCAUUGCCUCCAGGGUGAAGAUCAACGAAGCAUCUCUGGACCCUCAAAACCCUCGGGACUUCAUCGACUGUUUCCUCAUCAAGAUGCACCAGGAUAAAGAUAAUCCCCACACGGAAUUCAACCUCAAGAAUUUGGUCCUCACCACUCUCAACCUCUUUUUUGCUGGCACAGAGACUGUGAGCUCCACCCUGCGCUACGGGCUGCUGCUAAUGAUGAAACACCCUGAGGUGGAAGCCAAGAUCCACGAAGAGAUUGACCAGGUGAUUGGACCGCAUAGAAUCCCACGUGUAGAUGACCGGGUCAAGAUGCCCUACACAGAUGCCGUGAUCCAUGAGAUACAGAGACUGACAGAUAUCGUGCCCAUGGGUGUCCCCCAUAACGUCAUCCGGGACACUCAUUUCCGAGGCUACCUUCUGCCCAAGGGCACCGACGUGUUUCCUCUGCUUGGCUCCGUCCUCAAAGACCCCAAAUACUUCCGAUACCCAGAUGCCUUCUACCCCCAGCAUUUCCUGGAUGAGCAGGGCCGCUUCAAGAAGAAUGAAGCCUUUGUGCCUUUUUCCUCUGGAAAGCGCAUCUGCCUGGGCGAGGCCAUGGCCCGAAUGGAACUCUUUCUCUACUUCACCUCCAUCCUUCAGAACUUCACCCUCCGCUCGCUGGUGCCACCUGCCCACAUCGAUAUCACGCCCCAAGUCUCAGGCUUUGGCAACAUACCCCCGACCUAUGAGCUCUGCCUCAUAGCCCGCUGAGCGCCCCCUGCUGGACGCGGAAGGAACCGACGGAGGACAGAGCUCCUCCCACUCUCCACCUCCCCUUCCACCCCACCCCAUGCCCCCCCACCUCAUCCCCCAGCCCCCAGCACCCGCCUCCGUGUGCACAGGGACACCCGCCCUCGUCAUCCCCCUAAAUCCUCAAGAUAGCCCCAAGAGAAGUCACUAUUACACUGUCAUGAGACACAGGUCCGCAGGGAUCACCCCAGAAUUUGGAGCUGUAUAUCUUCCACAUCCAGUAAAAAAGAAACGUCCUGUUCAAGACUUUGGCAAAACUUGCAGAUUUUAAGUUCAUUUUGUUCACAUCUGGCUAAGUUUCUGUCUGCUCCAGAUUCUUGUAGCUGACCUCGUGUCUUUAUGUUGUUCCUUUGACUUUUCCCUGAUUAUGACCAAAAUGUGAGACACAAUCCUUUCUCUUUCAUUCUCAUAGUCACCGCUCUCAAAUAAGGCAACAGAGAACUGGAGCCUGUUGGCCACAGCAAGUGUGUGUACUGUGUGUGACAUUGGUAGGACCCUGCAACAAUUUCAAAUGGCUUUUUUGACUUGUUUACUAACUGUCCUUUCUUGCAGCUCAUCGCCACAGAUUUCCCACUGGUUGGGCCACCAUCUUGCUGGUUUGCCACCUGGAUGUCCCCGUCAUCUGAGUUUCUAAACCUGGUUUCCUGGUUGUUCUUAUCAGAAUUUCCAAUUCCGAAUACUCCCCGAUUCAUGGUGAAGAAGACUUUAAUUCACAGCUCUAUUAUUCCAUUUCGAAACUCCAUGGACUUGCCCAGCUGAUAAAGGCCCUCCCUCCUAUUUCAUGGUUUUCAACUAAUGUUUAUCAAAUACCCAACAUGUGCCAGCACCUUCUUCAGGUACUUGGGCUGUAUCAGUGAGCAAAACAGACAAAACUCCUGCCCUCAUGGAACUUCUAACGGGGAGGGUAGACAAUGAAGAAUAAACACAAUAAAUUUUAAAAUGAUGUAGUGUGGACUUUCCAUUGUGGCUCAACCAAUUAAGAGCCUGACUAUUAUCCACGA